AUGCCUUCCAAUUAUAGGGGCCUUAUCCGCCCUCGCGGCGCGGCGGAGGAGGGAGGUGCCGCGAGAGGUGGCGAGGAGGUCCACUUUGACGGUAUCGACUCCUCCGCCAUCGCUGAGCCACAGAGGCACCUCAGCGAGGAGCUCUACAACGCUCUGAUCCGUCGCAACAUUGAACUCUUUCGGGAGAUCCUGGACGAGAUCAAGAAAGACGAGCCGCAGUCCAUGAAGUCAGUGCUGGAGCAGGAACAAGGGGGGUACACACUGCUGAUGAACGCAUGUAAGGAAGGACUGCCGGACUUCGUGAAGGAGUUGCUGAAGCGCGGUGCUGACCCUUUGCAGGAGGGCCAGACCAGCAAGAUGAACCCGAUCCUGUACGCGGCAGAGCACGGCUACUACAAGAUACUCAGGCUCCUACUGCUGGUGCUGAGGGGCCAGGGUGCCCAGAACACAGAUUACAGGAAGGUGAAGGCCGCCCUGAAGAAGACAGAUUACAUGAAGGAGACGGCUCUGCACAAGGUAGUGAAGAGGGAGAAUGACAAUAAAGAGGAAGGCGUUGAUUACUCCAAGUGUCUGGAGCUGCUGCUGGACAAGAAAAGGUUGCUGGACCUGGACGUGCAGGCAGAGCUCGGGUACACAGAGGAACAGUCCCAAGACCUGGAUGUGCAGGAUGAGGGCAGGAACACGGACAAAUGUUUGGUGGAUCUGGAUGCACAGGAUAAGGAUGGGUUCACGGCUCUGCAUCACGCUGUUCUCCAUGAUGAUCAGAGCUUUGUGCGUGAGCUCCUCCUCAGCGGGGCAAGUCUCAGCAUCAAGGACAAGUUUGGGAGGCUCGCCAUCUCCAGCAUCCAACCGUCAGUCCUGGAGGAGGUGCUCAACAACUGCAUCGAGCCACUUAACAAUAAAUGUGAAAAUGACUUUGAGAUCAUCCUCCACUUUAGCAUACUGGUGCCCAAACAGACAUCGCAGCACCCGAAGAUGUACCCGGAGACGGAGUGCCUGAGGUUCCUGAGUGACUCACACAAGCACCGACACCUCCUCAAGCACCCCGUGAUUGACACGCUCCUCUCCCAGAAAUAUCACAUGACCUACUUUUUCUUCCUCUUUAACAUGUUGAUGUACUCGUUUUUCCUCCUCUUCCUGUCACUGUACAUCGAGUAUUUCCACGGAACCCUCACACCCUCGACGGAUGCUGACUCAAGUGGACACAAUGCCACAGCCAACACAAUCGUUCCAGACUCAAGUGGACACAAUGUCACAGACAACACAGGCAUUCCAGACCCAAGUGGACACAAUACCACAGCCAACGCAGGCAUUCCAGACCCAAGUGGACAUAAUGCCACAGUCAACACAGGCGUUCCAGACCCAACAAAGGACAACAUGGCCCUCAAGAUCUGCCUGCAAGUCCUAAUCUCCAUCUGCACCUUGUUUCUUGCAGUGAGGGAAGGGAUUCAGAUCUAUAUCUCCUGGAAACGGUACGUGAAGAGGUUUGAGAACUGGCUUGAGAUUUUGAUAAUCUUCCUGACCUGCAAUGUGCUGUUCAUCCCCAUGGAGGCGGCGCUGCAGCAGAGCGUGUGUGCCUGGCUGGACCUGUUCACGGGGAUAGAGUUGGUGCUGUUGCUGGGGCGGCACCCACGCCUGUCCAUCUACAUCACCAUGUUCACCAUGGUCACCACCAACUUCCUCAAAUUCAUCGCCAUGUUCCACCCCAUGUUGAUAGCCUUCGAGUCCAGCUUCAAGCUGGCAUUCCAUAAGGACGGACACUACAACACCACCUCCUCCAUCACCUUCCACAACAACUCCUUCACCAAGAUCAUAGCCAUGGCCACCGGGAGUAUGGGGUACAUGGAUCUCCACCUCGAUACGUUCACCGAUUCCUCACGCCGCCUGUACGAGGUAUUCGUUUUCCUCAUCGUGCUCGUCCUCAUGAACCUGCUCAACGGCCUGGCGGUGAGGGACAUCCAGCAGAUCCAGCAGGAGGCGGAGAUCAUGAGCUACAGAAGAAGGGUGGAGCUGGUGUCCUACUUUGAGUCUGUGUUACAAGUCACUCCCCCUAAGUUCCUUGCAAAGAUCAAAAUGUGCUACUUCGUGGCCUGUCCGAAGCACUACCCCAAAAGAAAGUUCAAACUCUGCAGCUGCAGUACGCUCAUGUUCAAGACCUGUCCCCACUCGAACCCAAGUGUCUCCAUGUUCCCCAACCGUGCCAAGGGCUGCUGGCUUUCCUGGAUGAUACUCUGCGUCCAUCCGACGAAGGCGCAGAGCAAGGUGGUCAAGGACGCGGUGCUGAAGAAAGAGCAUGCCAUGGACAAACACGUGGUGCUGGAGAAGGACCACGAUGCAGCCAACGACCGCCUCCCGGGGCUGGAGUCUCGUCUGGAUCAGCUGACGGCCGCAGUGCUGGAGAAGGACCACGAUACAGCCAACGAUCGCCUCUCAGGGCUGGAGUCUCGUCUGGAUCAGCUGACGGCCUCAGUUUCGUCCCUCACGAAGAAGGUGGAGCAACACGUUCUCUACCCGUCCCCGCAGUGA